CUGGCGGAGCCCCUUUGCCUGACAGAAAAACAAAACAUGACCAAAAGCAGAAGCCUUCCCACCAGAAACCCGCAACUGAGCGAAAAUCUAAACCUGGCAAAGACCCUAAACGAGUCCAGGUCCCAAAACCUGACCAAAGACCUCAACCUGAUCAUUUAGAGACUGAUCAAAAUCUGAAAAACAAUAAAAUACCUAAACAUGACCAAGAACAUACAACUGAUCAAAGCCAGUUACCUGUGCAGAAGCCAAAAACUCAUCAAAAGGCUAUGCCUCCUGUUCACAGACCUGCACCUCAUCAAAGACCUCAAACUGUAAAUGCAACUGGUUCUGGCAAAGACCCUCGAACUGACCGAGAGACUGAAUCUGUUGAAAAACCAAUUAUUACUAAACCCUCAAAACCUGGGAAAAAGCCAGGUCAUCCUCUGACAACUGACAAACUUGACCAAACGCAAAAACCUCACAAGAAGCCGAUAGUUGAAGAAAAGCCUAAACCUGAUCAAGGGUCUAGGAUAAACCAGUAUUUCACACCUGACCAAGAGUCUGAACCUGAAACAAGUGAACCAACUAGCUUCACACCAAAAUCUAACCAAAAGCCUAAACCUGAACGAGGGUCUGCGAUAAACCAGUAUUUCACACCUGACCAAGAGCCUGAACCUGAAACAAGUGAACCAACUAUGUCCACACCAAAAUCUAACCAAAAGCCUAGACCUGAUCAAGGGUCUGCGAUAAACCAGUAUUUCACACCUGACCAAGAGCCUGAACCUGAAACAAGUGAACCAACUAGCUUCACACCAAAAUCUAACCAAAAGCCUAAACCUGAACGAGGGUCUGCGAUAAACCAGUAUUUCACACCUGACCAAGAGCCUGAACCUGAAACAAGUGAACCAACUAUGUCCACACCAAAAUCUAACCAAAAGCCUAGACCUGAUCAAGGGUCUGCGAUAAACCAGUAUUUCACACCUGACCAAGAGCCUGAACCUGAAACAAGUGAACCAACUAGGUCCACACCAAAAUCUAACCAAAAGCCUAAACCUGAACGAGGGUCUGCGAUAAACCAGUAUUUCACACCUGACCAAGAGCCUGAACCUGAAACAAGUGAACCAACUAGCUUCACACCAAAAUCUAACCAAAAGCCUAGACCUGAUCAAGGGUCUACAAUAGACAAAUAUUUUACACCUGACCAAGAGCCUGAACCUGAAACAAGUGAACCAACUGGCUUCACACCAAAAUCUAACCAAAAGCCUAAACCUGAUCAAAAGCUUAAACCUGAUCAAGGGUCUACGAUAAACCAGUAUUACAAACCUGACCAAGAGCCUGAACCUGAAACAAGUGAACCAAUUAGCUUCACACCAAAAUCUAAUCAAAAGCCUAGACCUGAUCAAGGGUCUACGAUAAACCAGUAUUUCACACCUGACCAAGAGCCUGAACCUGAAACAAGUGAACCAACUAGCCUCAUGCCAAAAUCUAACCAAAAGCCUAAACCUGAUCAAGUGUCUAUGAUAAACCAGUAUUUCACACCUGACCAAGAGCCUGACCCCGAAACUAGUGAACCAACUAGCUUCACACCAAAAUCUAACCAAAAGCCUCAAACAGAAUUAAAGGAAAAGUCUGAUGAAAAUCCUAAAUCUGUCAAAGACUCAACACCUGGACAAAAGCUCACACCUGAUCGUGGCCCAAUCAAACGCCCUGAUCAAAACCCUAAACCUAGCCAGAAAUUUCCUAAAACAAACCAAAGGCCAAAACCCAACCAAAAACAUCCAGAGCUUGUAACAGGCCAAAAGACGAAACCAAACAUGAAGCCUAAACCUCCACAAACCAAUCAAGGUAUUAGAACGCCUCGGCCUGACCAAAUGCCUGACCUUAACCCCAAAUCCGUGCGUGAUGAAAUUCCUGAAGCACAAUCUAACAAAACAUCCAAACCGAGGCCUCCACCCAGACACAGGCCACCAACCAGACCUACACUCAGGCCAGGAGCAACACCCCUUCAAAGGCCAAAACCAGCAGUGCAACUAGAGCCAAGUCCAAAGACCAAAACAGACUUAGAUCCCCUUCAAAUCAGCGGGACUGAUUCAAACAACAUCCAAGACUUUCAAACUGACAUGCCACCUGCACCAGGCCCUGCAACACAGAUUGGUGAAGUCACUCAUGCUCUGGGGGUCACAGAGUUCAGUCCCAGCACGAUGAGAACUAUCACUGCGGGUCCAAAGACCUCCAACAGCCUGGAGACUGGACCCUUCCCUCGCCCUCACACUCUCUCUGAAGGCUUCACGAUGAGCCCAAACAGCAGGAUUACGUCUGAUCUGAGGCCACAAACAGCCGGUCAACCACCAUCGAUCCCAAUGACAACAAAACCAAACAAAAUCAUCCAUGGGAUCCUCCCAAGUGUUAUCCCUAGCACAAGUCCAGAAUCCACAAAGCCAAAUCUAGCAUCUAAUACUGACUCCAGCUUACAAGCUAAGAUACUCCACAGUGUGGAGGAAGCAGCACCCACACAAACUCCAGAUCCAGACAAAAUGAUGAUUCCAGUCCCUACACGCAGUGCCCAAACUACCUCCACAAUCAGCCCUGACCUCAGGUCAACAACCCCUGCCACCUCUGGCCCCGAGCCCCCAGCUGUGGAGUCUUCCACUCCCAGUGCACGAGAGCUGCGUGUGAAAAUCAACCAGGUGGCCGCUUUCCUCAACAACAGCCUGACUCCAAAUGGAAGGCCACCGGACAGGCGUCCAAAAGAGCACCUGGGGGACAACAAAGGAGGCAGCAGACCUGAAAAUAAAGUACCAGCAGUGAAACCGUCUAAAGUUACCAUGCCGAGAGACUGCUCCGACCACCUGCUCAGGGGGGAGACAAGAAGCAGAGUGUACCUGGUGACCCCUGACCUCCGCAGCAGAAGCUUCCCAGUCCUCUGUGACAUGGAGCUGAAUGGAGGAGGGUGGACGCUCCUGCAGCGCCGGCAGGACGGCAGCGUGAGCUUCAACCGCACCUGGGCUGAGUACCGAGCAGGCUUCGGGGAGCUGGACGGAGGGGAGUUCUGGCUGGGCAACAACAUGAUCCACCUGCUGACCCGGGACAGGGACAUGGUGCUGCGGGUGGAGCUGGAGGACUUUGAAGGGGUGAUGGAGUAUGCAGAGUAUGAGCACUUCAGGGUGGCGAGUGAGCGGCUGCGCUACAGGCUGUCAGUGGGUGGUUACUCUGGGACUGCAGGUGAUGCUCUCCGCUUCAGUAAGCAGUACGACCACAACAACAGGGCGUUCACCACGCCGGACAGAGACAACGACCGCUAUCCAUCCGGGAACUGCGGGGCCUACUACAGCUCCGGCUGGUGGUUUGAUGCCUGCUUGGCUGCAAACCUCAACGGGAAGUACUAUGCGGGGAGGUACAAGGGAGUCCGGGACGGGAUCUACUGGGGGACAUGGCACAACAUAUCUACAGAGUUUUACCCCACCAAUGACAGACAGUCUUUUAAAAAGGUUAGGAUGAUGAUCCGACCAAAGGGCUUUGCACCAUGAGCUGAGACUCAAAGAGUCCGACUACCAACUUCAACCAUAAACUCUUGUGAUGCUCAUUACAGUUCAAUAAACCCAGCAUACCCUCCACAGCUGUUAUACUAUAAACACAAUGCUGCCGCCUUGUGGCGUUUGGUUCUGCAAUACUGAUUUUUAAACAAAAAAAAAAAAAAAAAUUUAAGGCCUACAGGAUGAUAUGACAAUAACUGAGGGUGUACAUAGUCAUAAACGUUACGGUCAUAAUUACGAAGUAUCUUUUUUAAUAACCUUUAAUAUUAAGGGACUGUUCUUUAUUUAUCAGAGGAGGGGGUGGCUUAUUAGAUUACUAUUAGAUUUUUAAAACCUCACCUUUGAUGUUUAAAAGUUAGAAAUUAAAGAUAAAAUCCUGGAGUUGAAAAAAGCCUCAGUUUCUCAAUCAUGUUCAUGCAAAUGUUUAUUUUUGGCCAAAUUUUAAAUGAAACGUAGCAUAAAAUGAUUUUGAUGAAAUAUCACUAUUUUAAAAUUAGAUUUGGUCCUGGUUUUUUUCUGUUGAAAGAGUUUGUUGCACACAUUGUGUCAAAAUCCGAUGAUAAUUUCUGUUUUUACAGGUUCUGACUAUGAUAAAUGGUGUAAUUUCUGUGAUUUUUAAAAUAAAACAUGCCAAUGCCAUUAAAAAAAUAAAGCAAAAAUACAACCAUUUAAAUUUGUAUACCCCUACCCACCUGCUCUCCUCUCACAAGUAACAAACAGUCCCUAGUAUGUCUCUUUUUUGAAUGGACUUUGUUUAAUGACGGGAGAGGUAAAUUCUCUUGUGAAGAGUUAUUUUUUUGGUGAAUCUGACGGGUAUGUGGCAACAGAGAAUGAUAUUUUUAUUAUUACAGUACUGGAAAGCCAGUUGAUGGUUGAUUGAAGCUGUAUGGGAUGUUUUAUAAUUAAGAUUGUUUUGUUGAGAUAAAUAAAAUUGAUGA